AUGCAACGUCCUUAUAUUUUCUGGAAUGGGAGAAAACAAACGAUAACCGGUGUCUAUUCUGAUCAAAAUGUACGAUGCACCACAACAUAUGUUAGAUUAGAAAGCGGUUAUGUUUAUAUGACAAGUAGUGUUGAAAUUCAAAAAAUCGAAAAACAAGUAGACAAAUGUCUAACCUUAUUAAAAACUGAAUUCAAUAGUAACGAUAAACUGGAUCAAAAAAUGGACAAACUUGUCACAGCAUGUGAAGAAGUUAAAGAUUCACUUCCUCCUAACUUUAAAAGAAAAAACUUUCAGAAUAAAAAGUUAAUCAUUAAUAAAAAUGAAAACGAAAAUGAAAGCAUCUACGAAAGAAUGAAAUCAAAACAUAAAAAAAUUGAUCAAUGUAUAGAAAUCAUGGGAAUCAAAGAAAAAACCUUUGAACAAAAACUAAAUGAAUUGCUACGCGACUCCUUUACAAGAAGACAAGAAAGAAAAAAACAAAAAGGAGAAGAAACAAAAGAAUUUGACCCAAAAUAUUCUGAUAGCAUCGUCGAAAAGAUGCAAAGAUGUCUAUUUCAUCUUGAUGUUAAUAAUGCUUAUGAUAACAAUGAUGAAGAAUAUAAUUUAGAAAAAAUUCUCGAAGCAU